AUGUUUGUUCCCUUGCCGGUGCCGUUCGUCUUUCAGAGAACUGCUUCCGACUUCAACGCCUGGCGUCUCAAGUCCCCGCUGGCUCCGCGUUCGAACUCCGAUAUCAGGAUGUCAAAGCCAGUAGAGGUUGAGAAGCCAGGGGCGGACUCUCCGAUGGAGAGCACAGACUCAGAAAGGAAUGGUCCCGAGCCCAACCAUCAGGCUCAGCCAAUGAAAAUCAGUCCCUUCUCCCUCUCUCCUACCAAGGGCAAGAUGGACGAGUGUGGGGAGAUGUCCCCAGCUCCUGCCCCUGCUCCCGCUCCCGCCCCCUCACAGACCCCCCUCCCGCACACGCAGCUCAUGCUGACCGGCAGUCAGUUAGCUGGGCUGACGGCGCUCCUGCCCGCGCAGCAGCAGCUGCUGCUUCAGCAGGCUCAGGCCCAGCUCCUGGCCGCGGCCGUCCAGCAGUCCAACGCCGCGCACGCAGCUCACGCAGCCCAGGCAGCUCACGCAGUGGCCGCGGCCAACAGCAGCAGCAGAGCCAGCAGCCAGCGCAGUCGCAGGCUCACAGCACACAGGAACAAACUGCCGCCCAAGCCCCGCCCCCUCCACCCCCAGCUCACCCUCUCUCAGCCAAUUCAGCUCACCGCCCAGGACAUUCAGCAGCUGUUGCAGCUGCAGCAGCUGGUCCUGGUUCCAGGGCACCCCCUGCAGUCCCCUGCGCAGUUCCUCCUGCCGCAGGCACAGCAAGGCAGACCAGGUCUGCUAUCGACACCAAAUUUAAUUCCGCUACCUCAGCAAAACCAAGGGGGCCUCCUUUCCGCUCCGCCCAGACUGGGGCUCCAAGCACAGAGAGACAAGGGUGUGGACGGCGGUGUUAGCUCGGCGACCUCCGUGGCCACGCACCCCGAGGAGCCCAGCGACCUGGAGGAGCUGGAGCAGUUUGCGCGCACCUUCAAACAGAGGAGGAUCAAGCUGGGCUUCACGCAGGGCGAUGUUGGGCUGGCAAUGGGGAAGCUGUACGGAAAUGACUUCAGCCAAACCACCAUCUCCCGCUUCGAGGCGCUGAACCUCAGCUUCAAGAACAUGUGCAAACUGAAGCCUCUGCUGGAGAAGUGGCUGAACGACGCGGAAACCAUGUCCAUCGACAGCACGCUGCCCAGUCCCAGCUCCCUGUCCUCUCCCUCCCUGGGCUUCGAGGGGCUCCCGGGCCGGCGCAGGAAGAAGCGCACCAGCAUCGAGACCAACGUCCGCGUGGCCUUAGAGCGCAGCUUCAUCGCGAACCAGAAGCCUACCUCAGAGGAGAUCCUGAUGAUCGCCGAGCAGUUGAAUAUGGAGAAGGAGGUGAUCCGGGUCUGGUUCUGCAACCGGCGCCAGAAAGAGAAACGCAUCAACCCCGCCAGCGCCACCCCCCCCUUGCCCAGUCAACCCCCGCCUGCGACGCACAAACCCCCCUGCUACAGCCCGCACAUGAUGUCCAGUCAGGGACUGUCCCAGGCCGUCACCAGCCUCAGCACAACAGUGACCACAAUGUCGUCAGUUUGUCCCAGCGGUCCUGCCACCCUCAGCUCCGCCCCUUCCCCAGUGACCCCGCCUCCUCGCAGCACAGCUAGCCCCGCCCCUCCCAGCCACAGCACACUGGGCCUGAACACAGGCCUGUGGCGUUUGGGUAAAAAGAACGGUGACGUGUCUAACUACAUCACCGAUUUUGCGGCAAACUUGAGCCCUGGCGGUCAGUGGUGGCCAGCUGCCCAUUUCCAGUCUUGAGGGGGGCAGUAAGGUUCUGCUGGGGAGUGCGGGGGGGUCGGGGGGCAGUCUCCCCUCCUCCCUGUUCCUCAAC